AAUCUAUAAAUACAGUCGUUACCACUCAAUCCAGCAUCUUUGACUAGACGUUCAAACUUCGAAAGAGAACCACGCGCAGCUAGAUGAGAUGGCAGACGGACCUGGACCUAUCGGAUAUAUAUUCCAUCGAUCGUCGCUUAAAAAUGUUCAUCCUUACGGGGGCUCUACCAAUCCUGACAAUGAAACCAACUUGGUCGUGUACGGCAACACCAGCAACCCAGCAAAGCUCCAAGUCAGAUUUGUACCCGUUGAAGGUUUCGGCCACUAUGGAUAUAUCGAGCAUGUCGCCAGUGGUAAGAUUGUUCAUCCUCUAGCUGGGCAUAUAGAUCCGGGCAAUGACACUGAUUUGGUGUACCAUCCUGAUCGUCAUGCUGGCGCACUCUUUGCAUUUGAUGAAGAAGAUGAACGUAUAAUGCACCGAGGUGGAAAGAUCUGGCAUCCUUUGCGCGGUUCGCCCCAUCCUGACAACGAUACGCCAUGCGUUCUUCAUUCUGACGUCCACGAUGCUGCAAAAUUUUACCUUGGCAAACCGGAUGGCACUAAGAUUUCCCCAUAUCCAACUCCAGAACUGAGUGGGACCUGGAAAGUGAUAAAAGCUUUCAUCGAUCCAUUAGCUUCACACACCUUCACACACACAUAUAAAGUUGGAAAGUCGCUGACCACCUCGGAUACAGAACACCAUGCUUGGAAUGUCUCGGCAGGAAUUGCGAAAGGCAUUUUCGCGGCUGGUGCAGAAUAUUCAGGCUACGUUGAAAAGUCCAGUGAGAAAACGUGGUCACAAGAAUAUGAAGAGACCACAACCAUCGAGGUAACAGCAGGGAAGACGGUUGUGGUAUGGCAGUAUGUGUUCGGAAUGCAGCAGUACGAUGAAGCAUAUUCCUUCCAGAGUGACAUCAUUGGAGACACUGACAGCCUGGAACAUACCCCAAGUAUUUGAAGGAGUUAAAGACAGUUAAAUUCCAGGUUCAGCUAUUAACUAAACUUUAAAAAGAUUUCUUUCGUAGAAUGGAACUUUUGUUUAGAAUAGAGAUGUAAUGCACUAACUUCAUAGAUAACAUGAAUUGCCAACAGUUUCUGAAAAAAUGAAGUGUCUCGGCUCUGGCAUGGAUGCAUUAAAUGUAACAGGAAUAACAGGCCUUUUCAUAUAUGGGAAAUUAGCAGGAAAUUAAAACAGCAUUAAUUUGUGUAAGAUGGGUAGUUUUCGGAAUAUUAUUGGCUUCUUUAGAAGAGUUUAUACUAGGGACGUAAGUUUAGUUCAAGUUCCUUACUUUGUAAAGAAGUCGAGAACACGUCAGUCAACUAAACGGCGAGAAAAGAUAGUGUCCCUGAACAUAAACCUUGGUAAAAUGCGAUGUAGUAACACGUUCGCGAUUAAUAGUUUGCUUUUCGUUUUUGCACUGUUUUUAUUUACACUUAACAUGUAUAUCACCAGUAUGAGAAAGAUGAUGUAACGACGUCAGAGUAAAAUGGCGACAUAUAGCAUUAAAGACUCGUGCAUUAAUCAA